CCAUCUUCCAGAUCAUGUGACCAAACGACCUUUGUACCGGUAGUGGUCUUCAAAUAGCUAACAUUAGCAGUUCACUUGUACUGUACAGAGAUCGCCUUUUCCUCUCACAUCAAGUACAAUAUCGACGUGCAUAGUAGGACAAAUACUGCUCUGCCAAGAGAUGACCCUCCAGUGAACUCCUUUGAUGUAACACUACCGAGGCAGGAAUCGCCGCUUUACAGCAUAUUCAUCAUAACAUCAAUAUCAUCAUCUGACUGGAGAGACACACCACCUUUUUUUUGAUUAAUCCACAUUCAACUCCCAAAGACCAGGUGGCUCUGGAGGAGGAAUCCGAGACGAAGGCAGCAAGGAGGAUCCACCCAGCGCCGGCGGACCAACCAUGACCUCCAACACUGACAAUCGUCAAGACGGCCCAGGUCCAGUUCUCUCCAGGAUAUCAGCGAGCACCUCUGAGGAGGAUGUUCUCUGUCCUACUCCACCUCUGCCCCCUGGACCUGAUUCUCAGUAUGAGAGAAUUGGAGGCCAAACAGGGACUUCGUUUUUACAGACCCUGAUCCACCUCCUGAAGGGGAACAUCGGUACAGGGCUGCUAGGCCUACCUCUGGCUGUCAGGAACGCAGGCCUUGUGUUAGGACCUCUGAGUCUGUUUGCCAUGGGGAUAAUAGCAGUCCACUGUAUGAACCUGCUUGUAAUGUGUUCCCACCACCUCAGUGUAAAGUUGAACAAGCCCUUUCUGGACUAUGGUGAUGCUGUGCAGUAUGGUAUGGAGAAUGUCUCGUGGCUGAGAAGGUACUCAAUAUGGGGGAGGCGGAUAGUUAACGUGUUUCUGAUCACCACCCAGCUGGGUUUCUGCUGUGUCUACUUCGUCUUCCUCAGUGACAACGUCAAACAGGUGGUGGAAGCUUCUAACGGGACAACCAUGAACUGCCAUAACAACCAGACGGCUGUGACCGUCCCCAGCUUUGACUCCCGUCUCUACAUGUUGUGUUUCCUGCCAGCCGUUAUACUCCUGGUGUUCACCCGCAACCUGAAGUACCUGGCACCCCUCUCUCUGGCAGCCAACCUGGCCAUGUGUGCUAGUCUGGUCCUCAUCUACUUCUUCUGCUUCACGAACAUCCCAAAUCGUAUCAGCCUGCCGAAGGUGGGUCAUGCCAAAGACUACCCUCUCUUCUUUGGAACGGCCAUCUUUGCUUUCGAGGGGAUAGGAGUGGUCCUGCCCCUGGAGAACAAGAUGCAGAAGCCUCAGAGUUUCAAUAUGGUUCUAUAUCUGGGAAUGGGCAUCGUCACCUUCCUCUAUAUCAGCUUGGGGACCAUAGGGUACAUCACCUUUGGAGAGGCCAUAGGGGGAAGUGUCACCCUUAACUUACCCAACUGCUGGAUGUAUCAGAUUGUAAAACUGCUCUACUGUUUCGGUAUCUACAUCACCUUUGCCCUUCAGUUCUACGUGCCAGCUGAGAUCCUGAUUCCUCCAGCGGUGUCCCGCGUCUCAGAGAGAUGGAAACUCCCGGUUGAUCUUCUGAUCCGCACUGCGCUCGUCUUCUUCACCUGUGUCCUGGCCAUAUUGAUCCCCCAGCUGGACCUGGUCAUCUCUUUAGUGGGGUCCAUCAGCAGCAGUUUCCUGGCUCUCAUCUUCCCUCCACUUCUCCAGAUCCUCACCUACCACAACGAAGGUCUGUCUCCCUGGGUCAUCGUCAAGAACACCCUGAUCUCUGUCAUCGGCUUCAUCGGCUUCAUCACCGGCACCUAUAUAUCCAUCACAGAGAUCAUCAAACGCAACGGCAGACAUGACAAUCUGGAUGUGACCUUCUUCCAGGUCCAGUGAGAGAUCUAGUGAGGAAGAGGAGGAUAUCUUGACAGUGGUUGGUCUGGCAAACAGUGGAGGCUGGUGGGUGGAGAAAUCUGAGGACAGGUUCAUUCUAGAAUGGAUGGUACCUUCCUUCGAUUUAAGGUGACACCAGCCUCCACUGCUGUCAAACAAUCAAACCCAGAAGUCCUCACCCUGGCUUCAGACAUGUUUUGUUUUUCUCACUUGCUCCAUUGUCCAUUGAUUACACAUUUAUUGAUAUUGUGGGUCUGCUUACUGUUGUGGUUAUUGGUCGCUGUGGAACAAUUAAUGGAAUAUAAGUGUAAAUCAACUAUUUUCUACAGUAGCUGUAUAGCCAAGUAGAGAACAUAUUCUUCUGACACGAGCGUCAUUCUCUCUGUGCCUCAUGAGCUUCGAUGUUUUUAAUUCUAAAUUUUAUUACAUACUUUUAUAUUUUGAACUAUGCUAUGCCGCAAGCGUACCUUCUAUCUUAUAUGUUUUAUUAUUUUUAUGUUGAAUAAUUUAACCAAAUCAUUGAAUAUUGAGCAAUCGCAUUCUCGUAACAUUUCUUGUUAAAACAUCCUGGGAGUGGUUUAAAGUUGUUUAAGUGAUCAAAUUAAGAAAUAAGGCACUUGUGUGCUGGUUACCAAUGUAAUUAGAGCAGUAAAAAUACAUUUUUGUCAUACCCGUGGUAUACGGUCUGAUAUACCACGGCUUUCAGCCAGUCAGCAUUCGGCGCUCGAACCACCGAGUUAACUGUUAUUUAAAUGAUAUUAUUAAGUGCCAUUUUUGAAUGAUAUCUUCAUUCUAUAGGCCUUACAAAAGAGGAAGAUGUGUGUUUUAACCACAGCGUGAUUAGACUAUUUCCAAUAGAAUGGUAAAUGAGUGACCGUGUUUAAUAAGACUCAGAACACAACAACCUGUAGUCUGAUGAUCACCGUCGUCAUUACUGCUGUACAUGUAGCUAUGACAAUGACCGUUGAAUACCGUUUACUGAUUGACUACAUUUAGAGACAAGAUGAAAUAGUUGAAAGUUCACUUUUUUUGUUUUUAAAAGGUAAAGCUUCAUUUACAUUUUUAAGGCAAGCUGACUAGAUCACCUACUGUAAUAUUGAUGAACUUGAGGGACUGUAAAGAGAAAAUACAAAACAAUGUGUAUUAUUGUAGAGCUAAUACCAUUUUGUUAUUUCUCAGUUGAUGUUAUUUAUGUUGGCAUUUUCAUUUCUUACAUUUGUCUCAAGUUGGACACUGGAUUUAUUCAUCUUACUAUUUUUCCAGAUAUCACAACUAUUUCAUUUGUUUUAUCACUUGUCUCGGUUGUACCAACGGUUUGAGUUUUUAGACUGAGUGGGCCCAGAUUAGACUGGGUUGGGCUGAGUGGGCCCAGAUUAGACUGGGUUGGGCUGAGUGGGCCCAGAUUAGACUGGGUUGGGCUGAGUGGGCCCAGAUUACAGUGGGUUGGGCUGAGUGGGCCCAGAUUACAGUGGGUUGGACUGAGUGGGCCCAGAUUACAGUGGGUUGGACUGAGUGGGCCCAGAUUACAGUGGGUUGGACUGAGUAGGCCCAGAUUACAGUGGGUUGGACUGAGUAGGCCCAGAUUACAGUGGGUUGGACUGAGUAGGCCCAGAUUAACAGUGGGUUGGAUAUCAUGGUGAUGUCACAUGGCAUUGGGAGAACUUAACUGAUAGUUGCUCUCUUCGACUAGCCUUGAGUAAUGGCAGGUUUGAACUAUUGUUGAGUUUGCACUUUAUUGUUGCUGAAAUAUAGUAUUCUGAAUUUCCCAUGAGAAAAUACUGCUGAACAUUUUGUAAGGGGUCUUUUUUCGUGAUCUUGAACAUGUAAAAAAAAAAAAAAAUUUUUUAUUUCAUUACAGUCUAAAUGGGGAAAAAGUUAACAAUUCUGGAAGUUAUACUAGCUUUGAAUAAUGGCAGGUUUGAACUAUUGUUGAGUUGGCACUUUAUUGUAAAUCAAAUAUAGUAUUCUGAAUUUCCCGUGAGAAAUACUGCUGAACAUUUAAUAAGGGGUCUUUUUGUCGUGAUCAUGAACAUGUCAUUUAUUUUUUUUAUCGUUUUUUUUAUUUCAUUACAGCCUAAAUGAAAGAAAUUCUCACUUCUGGAAAUUAUACGUAUGCAUUUUUGUUGCUUGUUGUGGUGUUGACGGAAAUUCUGAUGUUUACAUAAAAAUUGUACUCAUCAUACGGUUACGUCCCAAAUGGCAGCCUAUUGCCUUCUUAGUGCACUACUGUUGAGCAGAGUCCUAUGGGCCCUUGUCAAAUGUAGUGCACUAUAAUAGGGAAUAGGGUGGCAUUUGGGAUGUAGUCAGUCUCGUUCACUAGUCUGAUGUCUCUCUAGAAAUUAAUUACAAGGUGAUGACUUGGAGGUUACCCAUCAUAUAGAACUCACUUAAAGAUCCUCUCCGGUACUUUUGCGUACUUGUUAGCCAGUAGUUCUGGACAAAAGUAGGCCCCCGAAAGUGGUGUACUACGGCGUAUGUCCACCACAUCAUUGCUCUCGCUCCCUCACUCUACUGUGUGUGUCUUGAUAGCUGUCACUCAAAUGGCAAGGGGCUGAAACUCUAAUUGCUACGGGGCUGGCCCACGUGGAGGUAAAUGUAGGGAAAAUGGCGCUGCAUAGGUUCCAGAAAACAGUCGCUUUCAAGCUAGGGAUUUUAUUUUUAAUAGAGAUAAAACAGUAAUUCUGCUCAUAGAUGAUGCAUGUAUGAACUACACAUUGACACAUCCAGCCCAAGUGGGAGUAGAAAAAAAAUAAAGUACUAUUCGCCAAAGUACCG